AAUCCGCAGACGUCCCACUCACUCCUCACACACCAUCUCUGAACCGGAGUUUCGCCGCUCCAAGUUUGCCGAGAGCAGUUGCUGUCAGCAAACUACGUUUGCCCUUUACUGGCCGGCCCGGCUGGGUAGCUGAAGAGCGCCUUGCAGCGAAUCCCCGAGAAGAAGCGCUUCCGACGAGGCACAAAGGCAGCAGGAGGCGCUGCUUGGCGCUUCUGAGGCGAUCCAUUUCCCCCCUCACCAGCCCUAGUCCCCCGCGCCUUGUCCCACAGAGCGGGGGCAGAAGAACUCCGUGGGACGGGAGCAGCUCAGCAGUCUCGUCUUCGGAGCUUCGCCGGCAUUUCGACUCGGGCCAACUUGAGAGACUUCGCUGUCUUCAGCUCGGACAAACCAGAGCAAACGAUGGCGCUUUCCAAGAAAGCGCGGUAGGAAAGGAGGAAAAAUUAAGUCGGCGGGCGCGGCGGAAGAUCUUCCCGGAGAGACACCCCCCACCCGGUCCGCCGCCCCGACAGCUCAGCUUAGAAGGCAUUUUGUUGAAAAGAUGGUUCUUUAUUUGGACACCUUUGUUCAUUUCACACUCAUGCUAUUGAACCAUUGGAUAGCGUCAACCAUAUGUCUAAAUCUUGAGGAUCCAAAUGUGUGUAGCCACUGGGAAAGUUAUUCUGUUACAGUGCAAGAAUCCUAUCCCCAUCCUUUUGAUCAGAUUUACUACACCAGCUGUACAGACAUACUGAACUGGUUUAAGUGUACACGACACAGAAUCAGCUAUCGAACUGCUUAUAGGCAUGGAGAAAAGACUAUGUAUAGACGGAAAUCUCAGUGUUGCCCUGGAUUUUAUGAAAGCAGGGAAAUGUGCAUUCCUCACUGUACUGAUAAAUGCAUUCAUGGCCGUUGCAUUGCUCCAAACACCUGUCAGUGUGAGCCUGGCUGGGGUGGACCCAACUGUUCAAGUGCAUGUGAUAGUUACCACUGGGGACCUCACUGCAGUAGUCGCUGCCAGUGUAAAAAUGGAGCUUUGUGUAAUCCCAUCACUGGAGCUUGCCACUGCACUGCAGGAUUCAAGGGAUGGCGCUGUGAGGAACACUGUGACCAAGAUACCUAUGGAAAUGAUUGCCACCAAAAAUGCCAGUGUCAGCAUGGAGCCACCUGUGACCACAUCACUGGAGAAUGCAGAUGUCCCCCUGGAUAUACUGGAGCUUUCUGUGAGGAUCUUUGUCCACCUGACAAACAUGGGCCACAGUGUGAAGAAAGAUGCCCAUGCCAGAAUGGAGGAGUUUGUCAUCAUGUAACAGGGGAAUGUGCCUGCCCUCCUGGAUGGAUGGGCACAGUCUGUGGUCAGCCUUGCCCAGAAGGACGUUAUGGAAAUAAUUGUUCCCAAGAAUGUCAGUGCCACAAUGGAGGAACAUGUGAUUUAGCCACUGGUCAAUGUCAUUGCAGUUCAGGGUAUACAGGAGAACGGUGUCAAGAUGAAUGUCCAAUUGGAACUUUUGGAAUACAGUGUGCAGAAAACUGCCAAUGCAUGAAUGGUGGAAAAUGCUAUCAUAUUAGCGGAGAAUGUCUUUGUGAGCCAGGAUAUACCGGAGUACAUUGUGAAACAAGGCUAUGUGCUGAAAUAGUCUAUGGUCUUAAAUGCGACAAAAGAUGUCCCUGUCAUUUGCCAAAUACUCACAGCUGCCACCCAAUGUCUGGAGAGUGCUUUUGCAAGCCUGGCUGGUCUGGUCUCUCUUGCAAUGAAAGCUGUUCCCCAGGAUUCUAUGGUGAAUCGUGUCAACAAAUCUGCAGUUGCCGAAAUGGUGCUGACUGUGACAGUGUGACCGGAAAAUGCAUUUGUGCUCCAGGAUUUAAGGGUUCUGAUUGUUCUAUUCCUUGCCCUGUUGGAACAUAUGGAAUAAACUGUUCAUCUAUAUGUAACUGCAAAAAUGAGGCUGUUUGUUCCCUAGUGGAUGGUUCCUGUGUCUGCAAAGCUGGUUGGCACGGAGUGGACUGCUCUAUAAAUUGUCCUAGUGGGACAUGGGGUCUUGGCUGUAAUUUAACAUGUCAGUGCCUUAAUGGAGGAGCAUGCAAUAUUCUGGAUGGAACCUGCACCUGUGCUCCAGGUUGGAGAGGAGAAAAAUGUGAAUACCCCUGUCAGGAUGGCAUGUAUGGCCUGGACUGUUCAGAGCGCUGUGACUGCAGUCAUGCAGAUGGAUGUCAUCCAGUAACAGGUUAUUGCCGUUGCCUUCCAGGAUGGUCAGGUAUACAUUGUGACAGUGUAUGCGCUGAAGGACAUUGGGGUCCAAACUGUUCAUUGUCUUGUUACUGUAAAAAUGGAGCAUCAUGUUCUCCAGAUGAAGGAAUCUGUGAGUGUGCACCUGGUUACAGGGGUGCUACUUGUCAAAGAAUUUGUUCUCCCGGAUUUUAUGGACAUCGUUGUAACCAGGCCUGCCCCCAGUGUGUUCACAGCAGUGGCCCAUGCCAUCAUGUGACAGGACUAUGUGACUGUUUACCUGGUUUUACUGGAGCUCUCUGUAAUGAAGUUUGUCCAAGUGGAAGAUUUGGAAAGAACUGUGCAGGGGUUUGCACAUGCACAAAUAAUGGAACUUGUAACCCAAUUGACAAAUCUUGUCAAUGUUAUCCUGGCUGGAUUGGUAGUGAUUGCUCCCAGCCUUGCCCUCCUUCUCAUUGGGGCCCAAACUGUAUUCAUACAUGCAAUUGCCACAAUGGCGCUCACUGCAGUGCUUAUGAUGGAGAGUGUAAAUGUACACCAGGAUGGACUGGUCUCUAUUGCACACAAAGAUGUCCGCUGGGGUUUUUUGGGAAAGACUGUGCUUCAAUCUGCCAGUGUGAGAAUGGAGCUGACUGUGAUCACAUUUCAGGCCAGUGUACAUGUCGCACAGGAUUCAUGGGAAAAUACUGUGAACAGAAGUGUCCCCCGGGUACUUACGGUUAUGGUUGUCGGCAAAUAUGCGAUUGCCUGAACAACGCAACUUGUGACCAUAUCACUGGAACCUGUUACUGUAGCCCUGGCUGGAAAGGAGCAAGAUGUGACCAAGCAGGGGUGAUCAUUGUAGGAAACCUGAACAGUUUAAGCCGUACUAGCGCUGCCAUUCCAUCUGAUUCUUACCAAAUUGGAGCCAUUGCUGGAAUCAUAAUUCUUGUCCUUGUUGUCCUUUUUCUGCUUGCAUUGUUCAUUAUUUAUAGACAAAAGCAGAAAGGGAAAGAAACAAAUAUGCCAGCAGUUACCUACACACCUGCCAUGAGAGUUAUCAAUGCAGAUUAUACAAUUUCAGAAACCAUUUCUCAUAAUAAUGGUGGAAGCACUAAUAGUCACUACUUCUCUAACCCCAGCUAUCACACUCUAACACAAUGCUCAAAUACAGCAAAUGCCAACAACAUGAAUAGGAUGACUCUGUCAAAGUCAAACAAGAACCAAUUGUUUGUGAAUCUUAAAAACAUGGAUCCUCAGAAGCGAGCCCCCAUCAUGGAUUACACAGGGACAUUGCCAGCUGAUUGGAAGCAUGGAGGCUACCACAAUGAAUUAGGAGUUUUUGGAGCUGACAGAAGCUGUUUGGGGAAAUCCUUGAAAGACCUAAUAAAGAAUUCUGAAUAUAAUUUAAGUAACUGCUCCUUAAGUAGCUCUGAAAAUCCAUAUGCUACUAUUAAAGAUCCACCAGCGCUUAUGCCAAAAAAUUCAGAAUGUGGAUAUGUUGAAAUGAAAUCACCAGCACACAGGGAUUCUGCCUAUGCAGAAAUUAAUAACUCUGUUUCGUCUAACAAAAAUGUAUACGAAGUUGAACCAACAGUUAGUGUUGUCCAAGGCAAUUUAAGUAAUAAUGGACCCAUCAGCCAAGAUCUUUAUGAUUUACCAAAAAACAGCCACAUCCCUUGCCACUAUGACUUGCUGCCUCCUCGGGAUAGCCCUGCAUCUUCAGACAAAGAUGAAAACAGUGAAUAACCUUUGAUGAACAUAAUCAUGUUAUCUUGAAAAGUGGAAUCUGGUUAUUCUUCUUCUGUUUUCCUACCUGCAUCCAGUAAACGUUUGCUGUACAUAAAGGAGGAGAAUCAAACUACAGUUUCUAUAUACUCACUACUGAUGAAUAGAUGUUAAGCUUGGAAGGUCAUGUCAGAUUUUCCAUCAAACUUAAAAAAAAAAAUAAAAGCCAAGCAUUUACAUUGUGAUGCAUUGGCUCAACAUCCAAGCUUACGGAACAAUGCUUGUGAGAACUCUACUGCUCAGAAGAAGCAGCCAUCUUUCACUAUCUCAACUUAUAUAUGUUGACAUACAUUUUCUUUUCUUUUUAUGACCCUGUAAACCCUUUAUUCAGGGUAGGGUCGGGAUGACUGAAUGGAGCUGAAUGUUUACUAGCCGGAUGCCCUUCCAGAUGCCUACAUGCAGUAGAGAUUUUCUCUUUGCGCCGUGAGAGGGAAACAUCUGCUGCUACAAUAGGAUUGAACUCUCAAACUUUUGAGUGGGAGGCAAACAUCUUCAUUACUAGGCCCCCACACUGCUCAUAAAUGUUGACAUACAAUCAAGACAGCAUAAUCUGCCAAAUAUUCACUUAGCCAAGUAGCCAGGAUUACUAAUUAUGGGUAGGGGUUAUAAACAAGAAACAUACCACUUUUUCAAUGGCAAAGAUGGUAUAAGGAGAUACUCAGAGUAUACUCACCACAAUCCUGGACUGUUUGGACAAACCUCCAAGAUAUUUAUCACAUUGCUGAUAAUGGAACUAUAAUACAGAACAGGAAUAAUUUUGAAUAGGAGUGAAUCAGUGAAGAUUGAAGAUUGAAUGAAUAUGUCUGGAGACCUGUAUCAUGAAAUGGGAUUUGUCAUACCUGUUGUUGGUUCAAUACUGGCUAUUCUAACUACAAUAUUUGUUAUAUGUGAGUAAUAUAUAACAAAUACAUAUACCUAUAAGCAUUGCGUAAACAUAUAAAUUAAAGGUUUUAUUUUUACCAAAAUGUCUUCAAGGACCGGAUGAGAGAACCCAGAUAUAACAUAUGUACAUUCUGAAUGAGAUAAGGUUUCAAUUCAUCAACAAGGAAGAGUAUUCUUCAUCUGAAAUUAAUUGAACCAAUCUUUGUAUACUUGUUGAAAAGGUACCUUUUUUAUGAUAGGAAAGGAAUAGGAAAAAUAUGCUUAAGCUGGACUUUUGCAUUGUUGAAAACUUAGCAUGCGUAGCCCACAUUUCAUUAACUUGUAUUUUAAAAUAAUGUAGCUGUGUUUUCUAGUGAUUUAGAACAACAAUGGUGAAAUAUUAUAUUUUAUAAUCGUGUCAACUCCCCUUAUUUCCAGCUUCAUGAGAUUUAGAGGUUCUGCUUUUAUGAAGGAAAAUAUUAUUGGAGUACAUCAAUUUCCCAACAGACUUAAAAGUUGCAAUUUACCAGUGUGUAAACUGUGGCAAUAUUCAGAUUUUUAAAAGACAGGUUUAAUAUUAAGGCAAGGGUUUAUUUAUAAGAAAAAUAUUAAACUGGAGAGAACUUAGAUGUGAUUAAUUCUUUAAUUAAAAAUGUAAUAUCUCUGUUUCAAGGGCAUUUUUCUUAUGCUCUAAUGUGCCAAUAGCUAUGUGCAAUUUUCACAUAAAAGAUAAAAAAAUGGCAAUCAAUCAGCUCUCAAUCUAGAAUUGUUUUGUGCAAUGUAGCUAUCCAUUACUAUAUCAUUUUUAGCUCUAACAGUAAGAGAUUAUUCCUUAUAUAUGUAUUAAAUAUAAUUGUUGGAUUUUUCAGUUUUCAGUUUCCAAUUUUCUAUUUCUUACCAUUCAAUUCCUAAAAUAAAUCAUAUGUCCUAGGGCUAUUAAAUUUUUUAAAAUAUUAAUGGCUCAGAUCUAACAAAAUGGUAGGGUUGGAAAAGAAAAACUUUUCUAGAUAUUCCAGAAAAUAAACCUGGAUUGAAACUAAAAUGUAUUUUACUUCAAAGGCAUUCUCCAUCAAAAGGUGCUGCCACAACUUGAUUUAAACUUGGUAGGCAAUGUCUUUGUAUACUAAAACACAUAAUAUGCUUGGAAGAUGCAAACCUGAAGGACAAAAGAACAGCGUUUUGCAAUUUAAGCAGUUCAAAUAUCUUGCUGAAGGAUAAGGUUGGAAUAGUGUCUGAAAUAGCUCUGUUGGCUUUUGUGUCACGGUAUAAAGCUUACAAAUAAAGACUAUCUUUUUUUGAA